AUGGAUUCCACUGAUGGAAAAGAAAACGGCGGUCCAGAAGGAUACCAACUUAAUGAGAUUAUGUCAGGCAUAUCCAAUAUUCAAAACACUCUUGCAAAUUUCAUGUUGAGACUAGACAGUCAAGGUCGUCAAAUGGACGAACUCGCAAAAGAAGUCCAGGGUCGAGAUGGCAUUCAAGAGCGUCUAGAGCUAGUUCAAGAACAAGCUAAUGAUACUGUUUAUUCGGUAACUGAAAUAAAUAAUUCACAGGAAAUUAUGUCCAGAGAGAUUAGCCGCCUCAAAGACUAUAUCAUUAAACUAGAAUUUAGGGUUAAUGUACAAGAGAAACAAAUUCUUGAAUUAAAAUCUCGUUCAAUGGAAAAUAAUGUGAUAAUAAGUGGGCUCGAUGAAAAACCAAACGAAAAUCUGGCAAGCGCCGUAAGGGAUGCUUUUAUGCAGGAACUGGAUCUAGGCGUGGAAGAAGUUGAUUCGUUCCAUAUUCUCAACCUUUUUAGACUGGGAGAAAAAGACCCUACGCACAAGAGGAAAUAUCCAAGACCCAUCUGUAUCCAGUUUGGAUAUAAAACUCACAAAGACAAAGUAAUGAGUAGAGUGAGGGUCUUAAAAGAAAAGAAAUCCCAUAUCCGAUUGGCUGUCCAACAACCCGAAGAAAUACGCGAAAAAAGGAAACGUCUGUACGAUAUCCAAAAAAAGUACUCAGCCAAAAAUGUAGAAACAAAAAUAAAAGGAGACAAGCUGAUUUUCACCAAAAGUGGAAAUGUUUAUCGGGACAAAACAGGAACUAGACCAACAGCCGAGGAAGUCAUCUCAGGUGACCAGGUGAAGAUAACGGUAAACAAGGGCAAACACAUUGAAGACAACCAAAACCGGUUCGAGUCGCACGCCACGGCAGUGAAUUCGUACAAACAGGUCAAAGAGUCGCUGAUCGAAAUACUCAGGCUGCCAACAAUAUCCAGCGCAAGUCACAAUGUGUACGCCUACCGGUUCGCAGGCAGUGAUGGUAUGGUACAUGAGGGUUCUGAAGAUGACGGCGAGCAUGGGGCGGGGAGAACUCUGCUUAGCGCCAUGAACGACAACGGAAUCCAGAACGCGCUGAUUGUGGUCUCCAGAUGGUUCGGAAACAAAAUCGGUAUGCGUCGCUUCACCCAUAUCGUUGAUGCGGGCUUGAGCGCCGGGAAAAACAUAAAUCCGUCCUAGCCAAAAUGUGUUGACGUUGAAUGCAAGUGAGUAAGCACUCCUACAUACAUGUACUUACCAUGCUUACAUGCGAGUUUUUCUCUUCGACAUUCCGUUCACUGAUGUAAUCAUAUUUUACGUGCUUUGGAUUAAUUGAUUAAUUCUUCAACUGAUUGAAAUUGUAUUUAUCUAUUCAUAUAUAUACUUUUUUUGUAUUUAUCUACAUGUAUUAAUUUUCUGAAACAUGUUUUUGAUUUUUCAAAACAUUCCGGAAUUUAAUGAGCUACUUUUUAUCUACCCGUGAAUUGAUUAAUUUACUCAUAAUAGAGAUACUCAUUUUUUGUAUUUCCGAAUUUACUAACCAUGCUUCUGAUGUUUUUUUUUCUUCUUUUUUUUAAACAAAAUUACAGUCCGGAAAUUUUUUGGUUUCUGGGCUUAUUCGGUUUUGUAUUCCGGAAGUAUUUGUAUCGGUUCUAUUCUAUUUUUACCGGAUACAUACCAACAUCCGGUUUGAUUUGCUCUAACGAGGUAUGAUUUCUACCUUUUUUUUUAUCCAUUUCUAUUUGUUUAUUAAACCUUACAUAUUCAGCCACUAGUCCUUAGGUGGUAGGAAAUGCAUUCUCCUUUUCCGAGUUAAUUAUUGACUGUGCUUUUUUUAUUUUUUUUACACUAUUACUAGAUUGAUAGGUUGCAGGAUUGUAAAUUUGCACUAGCGUUUGCAUAGGAUAAUAUUUUAUACAAUGCAGCCUGUCUCCCUUAAAUAUAUUCUUACUAAAAUAGGAGGGAAUGUAUUUGAUACUUCCUGUCCGUUUCCAUAAAAUGUAUUAUUUUUCAAACUUUUUUUUAACUCUACCUGAACAUAACUUUAACAUAUACAGGUUUAUCGGCAGCUGUAUAGCAUGCCAAUGUUUACAAAUGAUAAACAAUACCAAUUCAUGCGCCGAAUCAACACCUUUGCUAUGUCAUAGCACUUUUUUCUCUUCUAUACACUAUAUAUCUCUUUUAACUGUCUUCUGCAGGGGUAAAGUAUUAUUAAAUAAUCCUAAUGGACAACAAAGCACUUAAAGAAAACAAGUUAAAAAUACUAUCAGUAAACUGCCAAGGGCUUAAUGAC